ACAACAAAUUGCUCAAAAGGAUUCAAUGAGAGCUCAAAAGGCUAUGGAGAAGGAAAUGAAGGGUCAUCAUGACGAAAACCAUCGUGUCAAUCAUCAUCUUGACUAAUCAAAGUACGAUUUUCUCAAGUUAAAGCAAAAGGAGAUUUUCUAAAGCCAAGCCAAAAAGCAAUUGUCCGCUUGAGUCCCAAUUUUUGUACAGAAUGGAAUGAUUUUUUUUUUUGCGACACAAAAAGUAAUAAAAAAAACAUUUGUAUAUGUAUCACCUUUCGGUUUCUCUUUACUACUUUUUAAAACAAACCUUGUAGAAUUGAUGUCAGAAUUCGCCUAUGGAGGGCUAGAAACGCCUGUCCAUAAGAAAGAGAAGAAGCGCAAUUUACUACGUAAAUUGUUUCGUGGAAAGAAGAAAUCGUCACCGACUUCAGCGCCACCGGUAGUGCUGACAGAAGAACAAAAGCAAAAGAUACAAAAGCUAUCACAUUAUGUUCAAGGCAAUAUUGGAGUAGAACCAGAUCCGGCAAGCUGCCAACAUUUACUUGAACAACACAAAUGGGAUCUCCGGCAAGCACUAGUAGAGCUGAACGAUUUCCAAGAUGCCGACGAUGGCAUCCUUGUCCCGCCUAAUCCCUUGACCCACGAUAUGCUCGGCUCGGAGAACGACCAGCUGACAUCAUGUUACAUCGAUGCGUUGCUGUUCAGCAUGUAUGCCACGACCACUGCGUUUGAUCCACUGCUGACCAGCGAUACCGACGAUGAUGAUUUCGAUAAGCGACGUCUGCAGACAGCCUUGCGUUUAUUUGUCAACCGAUUAAGAGAUGGUCACCUUGUACGAACAGACCAAGUACGACGGCUUCGAAAAGCCUUGGAAGCCACCGGAUGGGAAGGUCAUACGUUUGCCGGAGCAUGGUCACAAGAGGACACAAGCGAAUUUUUCUUACACCUCACCAAUAUCUUUGGGUUACCAUUUUUACCUUUCCAAGUAAGGCUAUACCAUGGCGCCUCGAAAGACACCGACGAUGACAGAGUGAUGACUGAGCGCACAUUAACACUACCGAUACCAACAGACUCCAAUACUCCAAUCAAUUUACAAGAGAUACUAAUCGAUCUGAUGUACAACAAUAUGGUUACCGGCAUCAAGCGAAACGUCUUAUACGAAGAGCCAGAAGAAUUUGGAACCACCCCAUCCAGCACAUAUAAAGCCCCUGUUCAUGUCGAAAACGCCGAACGACAAGUAUCAGUUGCAGCAUGGCAAGUCUUAGAACUAUUGCCUUUCUACAGUGGAAUAAAUGAGCAGGGCGAACGCAUCACAGCGUCGCAUUAUCAGGACGGCAACCUUAUUUUACCCAUGGUGCUCAAGCGCUACUCUUGCGACAAUGCCUUAAAUUACAGAAAAAUACAGCGCGAAGUCAUUGUACCUCCGGAAAUCAGUUUUGAGCGCUUUUUGAACCAAAAUAUCGAUGAUACGGACCUUUGUCAGAAUUGCGGCCUUCAAAUGAACUCCGUCGUCCGUUUGCGAAGUGCAGUUUGCCACCGUGGAGACAGUCCUUUCGCUGGCCACUAUAUCGCGUAUGCAUGUAUCCAGGACCCUGAAAAUGACUACCAAGAUGUCUGGUUAAAGUUUGAUGAUAUGAAUGUGAGUCAACGUGUCAAGAAGAUCAAAGGUACCAAGAAGGAAAAGAAGGCCGUCUUCGAUGAUCUUUCCACAAGUGCAUACAUGUUGUUUUACGAGCUUGACCGAAAUUGCAGCCAUUGUCAUAACAACGACUAUGCUGUGGACGAAACCUUGAGCGAUAUUUCCCAACUGGAUCCUGAGCUCAAAACCAAACUGCAAACGCUAGAGGUCAAAGGCAGCGACGGUCGUUUAUAUUCCUGUAAUAUGAUGUAACAUACAAAGUCACAUAAAGUAGCUUUUCUUGUAGUUUUCGUUGGAAUUUCAUGCAAAAGUCAAUGGGAAAGCAGUUUGUGCUAUAAGAGGGUGAAUAAUU